AUGUCUGGACCAAAUGGAGAUCCUGACAUCUCCACUGAUGAUGGCUUCAUCGAAGAAGGUGACGAAUUUAGCGACGAGGAGUUUUCAACAAUCAACUCUAUGCUGGACCAAAUCAACUCAUACCUAGACGGCCUGGAGGAGAGAAACGACGCCCUCAACAGUAAAAUGCACGAACUCUUGGAGUCCAAUCGGCAGGCCCGGCUGGAGUUCAGAGCCCAGCUGGACGAGCAGCAGCCAGAAGACGAUCCUUCCGCUUCACCGGGCGUUGAAGACCAAAGAGAGGCUUGCAACUAA